AUGGUUAUUUUUGUUAAACAUUGGGGUGAUUCAUUUGCUCCUUCUAGACAUAUACCAAAAGAUAACAUAUUAAAAGAUACACCAAAAGAAUUUUAUACAGAAUAUCUUGAUACAACAGGAAAAGAAUUAAAAAAAUAUGUUAGACAUAAAAAUAAUCUUGAGAAACAACAACAAAGAAUUGAAGAACAUCAAGGAAAAUUAAAUACAGGUGAUAUACCAAAAAUAUUUUUAGAUCCCAAUUUUAAUAUAACAAGACAAAAAGAUUUUGAACAAAUUUUUCUUCUCCCAGAUAUUGAUGAAGUUGAUGCAUUUCAAUUAGAAAGAAAUAAAUCAGGUUCAACAAUAAAUGGAACUCAAUCAAAUUAUUCAUUAUCAAGAAAAGACAGUGGUAGUAGUAUUGUUUCAGAAAAAAGCUGUUUUCAAUACUUUAAUAAGACUGAUUUUUUUGAUGGUAGAAGUUUUAGAUCAUAUGCUUUUUUAAACUCUAAACUUGAUUACUAUCAUGAUUUGGUUGGAGCUUUGUUAAAUGAACAAUUAGAAAGAAAAGGAGAAGCUUUUUGGAAGACAGUUAAUAGUAUUAAUUCUGUUCAUACAGAAUUAGCAGAAGGUAAACAAAAAGUUGCUACUGUUAGAGAUAAUUUAGCAUUAAUUAAUGAUAAAGUUUAUGAAAGAGCACAAAAAAUUGUUAAUUUACAACAGGCAAAAAUUAAUAAGCAACGAUUAUUAAAAAAAUUAAAUAAUAUAGCUUGUUUAAAAGAUGCACAAAUUACUAUACAAAUGUUAUUAAAUCAAAAUGAUUAUGCUAAUGCAUUAGAUUGUAUUGAAAUGGCACAAGAUGUAUUAGAAACUGAUUUGAAGGGUGUUGUCUGUUUUCGACAUCUUAGUUCUCAAUUAAAUGAACUAGAAAAAGCUAUAGCUAAAAUGCUUCAAGAAGAAUUUGUAUUCCUGAUACAAAAAGAAUUUGGUCAACCAUUGAAAAAAGAUAGUGAUGCUUGUUAUCAGGAAAAUCAACUUAAUCCAGUAAUUAUAGGUCUUUUACGUGUAAGAUUUUAUAAAUUUCUUCAACUUUUAAAAGAAGAAAUUCAAGAAGCAAUAAAAAAUUUAAUUAGACAAACUGUUAAAAAUCAUGUAGUAUUAUGUGGUAAAGAUCUUGGAGAAUUUGAUCCAUCAUCAACAUAUAAUUUGACACAACAAAUGAAAAAAAUGGACUUUAUUCAAUGGUUUGAAACACUUAAAGAUUUAUUUUCAACAUUAGUAUUAUUUUGCAAAAAAAUUUUAAGUAUUCAAGAAAUGAUAAUUGAUAAUGUUGAUCGUGUAAGAGGAAUGAAUUUAAAAUAUAAAGAACCUUAUGAUCAUUCGCCUAUUCAACAAACGAUAUCAUUAAAUAGUUGUGAUAAUUGUGAAGAAGAGAGUGCUUCAACAUAUGAAUAUAUAUCAGGUCAACUUUCAAAACCUUGUAAUGAUUUAGAACAAUUUGAGGUUGUUUCAAAAUUAUUAGUAGAAUAUUGUUCAUUGUGUUGUCAAGAAAGAAUUGUUAAAUUAUUAGAUGGGAAGGCAAAAAACUCAUUUAUUGAACAAUGUACUUCUGUUCAAUUUGACAUGCUUCGAAGAUUAAUUUUACAAUUUGGAGAAGAUUGUGUAAAUGUUAUUAGUGCUGGUAAUGAUGAUGUUAUAAAUGUAGCUAAAGAAAAGUUAUCAUCAUGGUCUUUAACGCAAUGUUUACAAUUACAAACAUCAAGAUUUAUUACUUUCUUUCAUGAACAAAGAAGAAAUAAAUUGGAUACAUUAAUGAUGUCAGAAAAAUGGAUUCCAAUCAAAGUACCACGAUCAUAUCAAAUUUUUAUGGAUUUGUCUUUUGAAACAAGAAAGUUAAGAUUAACAGAAGAAAUGUUAUCCUGUGAUGAAAGUGAGGAUAGUUUUUUAUAUGUUGAAGGAGAUAAAUAUGCUGUUAAUGGAGCCGUUUUAGGGUUACUGACAAUGUUGGCAGAAUAUUGUACAACAUUAGAUAUGUUUCCAAAUACAUCUGCAGAAAUGGCAAUGAAUGUUAUACAAAUAUUAAAAAUAUUUAAUAGUAAAACUUGUCAACUAUUAUUGGGUGCUGGAGCAUUGACGGUAGCUGGAUUGAAAACAAUAUCUGUUAAAAAUUUAGCUUUAGCUAUACGUUGUCUUCAAUUAAUUAUUAAAAUAAUACCACUGAUAGAGGAAGAAUUUGAAAAACAUUUAACAGAUAUUAACAGAAAUCAAUUAAGACAUUUUGCACAGACAACAAAAGAUUUUAAUGAUCAUAUAAGUGAAAUAUGUGCAAAAAUAACAUCUGUAGUUGAAUUUAAUAUGUUAACAAGUUUUCAAAAUUGGAAAAUUAAACCUAAAUUACCUUCUCAAGAAAUUCAAAACGUAUCAAGACAAUUAAAUAAACUUCAUAAUGCAGUAACUGAAAUUAUGCCAAAUGAAAUGGUUGAGGUAAUAUUUAAACAUGUUCAUGAAUCAUUUAUAAAUUCAUUUAAACAAAUGUUAUUAAAACAUGAAGUAUCCAGUGAAGAUCCAUUAAAUUUUGGUUUAGCAGAACAAGAAUUUGAAUUUUAUAUGUUAUCAAUAAAAGCAUUCCCAUAUUCCAAUGAAAUUCCUUCAAUGACUAUUUCUUCACUUUUAAACGGUUUUGAAAGAAUGGGAAAAGAAAUUUCAGGAAAUUAA